CGCGUUAAUUCGGGUCGGAACGACGUGCCGUACUUUACCGAAGGAGCUUACCUAUAGCUCCGAAGACUUACGUUUUUUGUCGAUGUUAGCAGCAGGAAGUGCUUCACGUACAACUUCGAAUUUUAACAAUCCAAGAUGGCUGAAGAUCAACAGACGUCAAAGAAGUCCCUAGAGAGGUCCGUGAGCACCCCAUUCAGGAUGUACAAGAGAGAGCCCAACAGGAGAGUUUUUGUGAACAGAGGCUUGAUGCUGGAGAAGGUGAAGUUCUUUGGGUUUGACAUGGACUACACCCUGGCAGUGUACAAGUCACCUGAGUAUGAAUCCCUUGGCUUUGACCUUUUGAAAAAACAGAUGGUAGCCAUCGGCUAUCCAGAGGCAAUCAAUGACUUCGAAUAUGAUCCAACUUUUCCAAUCAGAGGACUUUGGUUUGAUUCUCUGUAUGGAACACUGCUCAAAGUCGAUGCUUUUGGCAACAUCCUUGUCUGCGUGCAAGGGUUCAAGUUCAUGAGAGGGCAGGAAAUCCAAACCCUCUAUCCAAGCAAGUUUGUUCAGAUGGAUGAACACCGCUUCCGGAUCUUCAAUACCCUGUAUGAGUUGCCAGUGCUGUACAUCAUGGCGUGCUUGGUGCACUUCUUCUGCAAGAAUGAGGAGUAUACUCGGAUGAAGACAGGUGUUAAAAUUGGCGACAUCACUAUGACUUUUAAAUCCAUUUACCAAGACGUCCUUGUCGCUACAGGACAUGUCCAUGGCCCAUCCGGUCCUCUGAAGGAAGAGACUGUGAAGAAUCUGAGCAAGUAUGUUCUGAAAGAUGACCGUCUGCCUGUGCUGCUGGACAGAUUGCGAAGGAAUGGUGCCAAAGUGUUUCUUGCCACCAAUAGUGGCUACACCUAUUCAGAUAAAGUCAUGAGCUACAUGCUGGACUACCCUCCAGAGAAGUCGACAGACGCCAAGAGAGACUGGACGUCAUACUUCGACUACAUCGUGGUGGAUGCCAGGAAACCUCUCUUCUUCACUGAAGGAACCAUCCUCCGUCAGGUGGACAGGGCCACUGGGUCUCUGAAGAUUGGAACACACACUGGGCCUAUUCAGUCUGGGCAGAUCUACUCAGGAGGUUCUGUGGACCAGUUCUCGGAGCUGAUGGGCACGUAUGGCAGUGAGGUUCUCUAUGUCGGUGACCAUAUAUUUGGAGACAUUCUCAAGUCCAAGAAGAGCCGAGGAUGGCGAACCUUCUUGAUCGUCCCUGAGAUCUCCCAGGAACUUCAGGUGUGGACUCACAAGCAGUCCCUGUUCUCCAAGCUGGAGGAGCUCGACUGUAAGAUUGGAGACAUUUACAAAAACCUGGACAGUAGCAGCCAGGUGAAGCCAGACAUCACAAAGAUACAGACGUCAAUUAGGGAAGUCACUCAUGAGAUGGAUAUGGCCUAUGGAAUACUGGGAAGUCUCUUCAGAAGCGGAUCACGCCAGACAUUCUUCGCCAGCCAGGUGAUGCGCUAAGCCGACCUGUAUGCUGCGUCCUUCAUGAACCUCAUCCACUACCCGUUCACCUACAUCUUCAGGGCUCCAGCCAUGCUGAUGCCUCAUGAAUCCACUGUUGGCCAUGAUGCACCUCUGCCGGAUGACACUCCUCAGUGCUUUGCUGACCGCUCCCGUUCCAACGAAGGGGUUGCCCACAACGAGACCCCGAAACGCUACCGUCUGACCCGUAGCGCUAGCCUCGUACCCCGCCUGCAUGCCCCAACCCCCAGGCAGUUCACCCAAGUUCAGGAUGAUGAUGACGAAGUUGACAGCUUUAACCCUCUUGCCCCAUCUGUUGGUAGUCUAAUAGAAGGGGAAGAGGAGGACAAUGCUUAAAGGGGAUAACUCUAGUUCACAUGGUUGAUGGCAAGUUGUUAGUAUGUUCAUCUCAGGUUGUGGUUGGACUUUUCUAUUUAGUCUAUAUAUGCGACAUUCAGAAUAGUGUCAUCCUAACAACUUACAUCACCAUGUAUAUAAUCGGUCUACAGAGGGACCAUUGUGUGAUUUACUCGACAUUCUUAGCCAAGCUUCCUAGAUAAUUCCUGCAAUGUUUCCGAACACAACUCAGGUUGUUAAUUGAAGGGUUAUGAGAGUCACAAUUUGUUUACUAGAUGUUUACAAAAAUAUACUACUCAAAAGAUGUUAAAGAAAUCUGACUUAGUUCAUAUGACUGUAGUCAAACUGUCGUGGUAUGUUCAGCAACUCACAGCCUCCUAGUUGUGUGAUCUGGGACUUGUUUUGAGUAGUAUACAACCUCACUCUGUUGAAAUGUUACAGAUAUGUUUUGGUGUUUAGUGGAAU